GCUAUUUUACGGUGUCUGCAGUUCGCCAUAGACAGAGAGAAACACAGAGGACCACCUCAGACUCUGUAGAUUAUCUCUUCACCUCAAUUCACUCAAACCCAUUACCACAACACCAACCAUGAUGUGGGACGAGUGGGGCGACCCAAGUUUCUCCAACACCGAUGAACAACAACAACACACCGACCAAGAUUCGCACUUGAACUUCGAUUUCUUCUCGGAGCUCUCCAAACCCAAGGAUUACUAUAAGAUUCUUGAAGUGGAUUAUGAUGCCACCGACGAUUCCAUUCGCUCCAAUUACAUCCGUCUCGCCCUGAAAUGGCACCCAGAUAAGCAAAAAGACCAGAACUGUUCCACCUCCAGGUUUCAAGAAAUAAAUGAGGCGUAUCAAGUUUUGAGUGACCCAGCUAAGAGAAGAGAAUAUGACAAGCAAGGGAUGCUUUACGUCUACGAUUAUAACAUAACUGAGUAUCUUAACCGCUACAAAGGUCUUAUAUUGACAUGCAAUGGCCUUGGGAUAAGGCAUUCAAUUUGGUAAUCAACAAUAUGCACAAACAUCCUUUUUAGCGAUGCGGCAUAGUUGAGGACCAGGACCCAUUUGGGCAUGGCACAUAUUUGCUGAGACUGCAAGUGGCGUAGUUCAGUAGAAGGACUGGUGCUUUAGAUGUAUUCUGGGGUUACCAUCAUCAUAUCCUCCUGUAUAAAAUAGAGAACAGGGAUAUCACCAUCACUUUUCGAUGGCUCAUGCCUCCCCCCAUGUUACCUCUCUUGUAGAAUAGUGUUUGUAUAAUCUUCUAAAUGCUUAUCCAUUAAGUAUGAAAUAUUCAAUGGCCAUGCUUGGCAUGAGGCACCUGCUUGGAUC